UGUGCGUUCAGUGCAUAGCCUUGAAAAUAUUCUUCGAAACUGUAAGAAUGUUGUCAACGUGCACACAUUACAGAUCGGUUAAUCGGAUCGUUAACAUUUAUUUUAAGAUGUGUUGAGAAAUAAUUCUUUAAUUAACUAAUUUCUAAAGGCGACUGUUGAAGAAUUGGAUAUUUGACAAUGAAGUCUAUUUUGCCGAUAGUUACAAUUCUAUGUAUGUUAAGUGUCAACCCCUGCAAGAGUCAGUUAAGUCUAGCUGGUGUCGACAUUGCUGGUAUACUAAGUAACUUGACCAUAGAGCAAAAGGCUGGUUUUUUAAUAAGUUUUAUAGAAAAUCCACCAUUAUUCGAUAAACUUGAAAAUGUUUUUAUUGCCGGUUAUGAACUAUUUCAUGAGGAACCAACGUUUGAACCAGAUAUAUUAACCAAUCUUAUAGAAUGGACUUUAGAUGAACUACCAUUUUUAUUGCAGAAUCAAACAUUUAAGGACAGUUUGCAUAUUAUUGUUGGAGAAAUGAACAAGGCGAAUCUAACUAUUUUGAAUAUGACAAACGAAUUUACAAUAAUGAAUGGAAUAUUUGCACAAAUGGACUGGUUUUCUAUAAUAGGUAAAAUAGGAGUAAAAAUUGUCCAACCUUGGCUGAUAAAAUAUGGAGUCGAUAAGAACAUUGUAAAGGCUGUCAUACCAGCAAUUCUUCAAGAGGGAGAGGUUAUGAUUAAGACUUAUCUGCCUUCAUUACUACCGGGCUUAAUAAGGGAAUUAAAUAAGUUUGAUGCAGGUUCAACGGCAGUUACGCCGACUCAGGUUGCGUCCAAUACUACUUUAACCCUUGAACUGCCUUUGAUAGCAUUCCUUCACAACAAUACAACAACUCGCAACGCUAAACAGUUACUAUUAUUUCAUUAUAUAACAAAUCAUUCAGCGAUGUUUCCGAAAUUGGAACGGCUCCUUCUAUCAGCAGUCCCUUUCCUAAGUGAACCCCCGACAAUUCGAGAUGAAAUUUUACCUGUCUUACUUGCAUGGGGUCUUGGUACUAUUCCAAAAUUCUUACAGAGUGAAAUGUUCAAGAACAGUUUCCAUUAUUUCGUGACGAAAAUUAAUCAAGCCAAUGUAACUGGGUUAAACAUUUCGAACGAAUACGAGUUCAUAAAUGGCGUUUUUAGCCAGAUUGACUGGUGGGAUAUAAUUAGUAAGAUUGCGUCUGAAUUUGCUGUUCCUUUGUCUGCCAGCGUUGGUAUGCAACCAUCCGUGUCGGCAAGUAUCAUCCCGCAGUUAAUCAAUGAACUAACAGAUUUACUUAAACAGAACGGAGGGAAACUAGCACAAGAAAUAAUAGAGGAAAUGAAUAAAGCUGAUAUAGCGAAAUUAGAAAGAGUUAAUUAUACCAGUAGCUUUAUUCUUAAUUUUCUACAAAACCUUGUUCUACAGGAUGUUCUUCCCGAUAUGCUUUCCAAACCAACAUGGAAAGCGCUGGUGUCUGCAACAGUUAAAAUUCUUCCAGUACAACAAAAGCUGUCUGUAGUCACGUGGUUUUUGUCUCAUAAUGUGCAGUUGUUUGGUCAACUUGAAGAUAUUCUUUUAUCAGCUCUGCCUAUUCUUGUUCCGAUUUCGCAUCUAAAGCCUGAAAUUAGGCAGCAUCUUGUACCUUGGGCAUUAGAGCACAUUCCUGAUUUUCUCGAUAGCAAAUUAUUUCAGAAUGCUGUCGAUAUAAUGGUGUCUGAAGUUAACAGUGUGAAUACGUCAAGUUUUAACCAAACACAUGAUGACAUGUACAUGAGCGAGUUGCUAUCUGGGUUAGACACAGUUCGUCUGAUACGAAGAAUAGCAACGGAAGUAGCCUUACCACUGUCGAUGCAGUCUGGCCUGAGACCGGAAGUUGCAACAUAUAUGAUUCCUGUAGUCAUGCAAAUACUAGAACAGGUAACAAAGACUGAUCUAGCAAACGGAUUGAAAAUACUUAUAACUGAAAUGAACAAUGUAAAUUUGACUGGCUUGGAUGUACGGGAUCCGAAAAGUUUCGUUCAAGGAUAUGUUGAAAAAUUAAAUAUGAGAAAUAUAUUAACUGGAAUACUUGUGCAGCCGCAUAUUAAAGCAUUUUUGGUUUCUUCAUUGUUAAAAUCACCACAAAUAGUUCUAGACAUUGGAAAGAUUUUACUUUCAUCAUUCAGUCUAAGCGACAUUCUUUCCCUGCCAGCAGAUGCCACACUUACGUCAACGCAACAAUGUUAUAAUGGUUUCAUUGACUUUAUUGAAAAUAUACUGAAUGGACAUAAAUCAGCCAUAAAAAUGUUUGAUGCUUUUGGAAAGCCACCAACAGGUACAUUAGACGGCAACCUGCAUUUCAUUGGUUCAUACGACGAAUGUUUAGGAGUAAGUCAGAUGCCAUCAGCACCUGCCACAAGAUACUGCAGAGCAACAUUCAAACUGCCGGAAACACUUAUCAACCAGACCAUGGGACAUAUUGAAACAUUUGGUGUACCUAUAGCUUUAACUUGGGGUAUGUGUCUCGAUUCCAAAUGUCAUUCUGAAGAUAUACCUGUUUUAUUUAGACUAGGCAUGCUUCAGAUGUUUAAUUUGACUCCUGACAGUGUUGUUUGUAGUGGUGAAAAGCCUGACUUCUCUACGGACACUCCAGCAAUCUCAAUAUUAGCUAUCAUGGUUGUUGUCGUUGGAAUCGUGGUGUUAGCAACAGUGUUUAAUGAAUGUUAUGGAAAUUUGUCUGGAAAAUCGGAAGAGAAACGGAACAGUAAAAAUAUUUAUACAAACCCCUCAUUCCUUGGUGAAAAUGGUACAGCUUUAAAUUUGAUGCCAGGUGAACUGAAAAAUGGUUCUUUUAAAAAGUCUUUGGAAGAAAACGAACAAAAAAACGAUGUAUCUGAUCUUGAAGAUGAUGAAUUAGGUGUUUUACGUCGGAUAUUAGGAUCAUUUUCAAUAACUUCUAAUGUGCGGACAUUGGCAUCGUUUGAUAGAGAUCCGGAGGAAAUUUCAUGUCUUUACGGUAUUCGAUUCCUAACAGCUUUAUGGAUAUGUAUUGGAAAUGCCUACCUUUAUAAUGCCAUAUGGCCUCGAGUUGCCGGAUCAGAUGGUUCUGUUAUUUCAAACCAAAUGCCAGCUGUAAGCUUAUUGAAAAGAUUUACCUUCCAGUUUGUUUUCUCAGGAGUAUUUGCUACAGACACGUUUCUUGUUAUCAGUGGAUUUAUUGUAACUAGCAAACUCUUAUCAACAAUGGUCAGAGAUGAAAAAAUGAAGGUUACCGGCAUCCUUGGUUUCUACGCCCGAAGAUAUAUCAGAUUAACACCUGUCUAUAUGAUAAUUCUGAUGAGUUAUGCGUUUCUAUAUGCAUACAUCGGUGAUGGUCCAACAUGGCCUAAACAAAUAGGCCUAGCUGACAGUUGCAGACAACGUUGGUGGUAUCAUUUAUUGUAUGUUAAUAAUCUAGUUGAUGUUGAUGGACACACGAUUUUUCAACAGUGUAUGCCGUGGUCUUGGUUUAAUGCUGUAGUUAUGCAACUAAAUAUUAUAACACCUAUACUCAUCAUAUUAUUCCUCAUCUCCCAUCGGCUAGGUUUUGUCGUAGCGAUCCUACUUAUGACAGGAGGGAUAACUGCGACUGGUGUGAAGGAACAUAGAUACGGUGGAGACCUGCUUAGUGCUGUAACAGAUCACGGGAACUACUGGAAUUAUAUAUUUACCGCUCCAUGGUGCCGUGUAGGGACAUAUUGUGUUGGUGUUAUGUUGGCGUAUGUUAUGUUCAUCAAACGACGAGCGAAACUUGAUGUGUUGGUAGCUGUGAUUGGUUGGAUUGUUUCCAUAUUGUUAGGAGUGUUUAUCUUAUUUGUAUCCUAUCUAAAAUAUAUGGAGAAUGCACCAACAUGGACGUUCCCCGAACAAGCAGCUUAUGAAUCACUUAGUCAUCUGGCAUGGGCCUGCUGUAUUGCAUGGGUUAUUUAUUCAUGUCAUCAUUACAGAGGAGGAUUGAUCAAUACAAUGUUAUCAUGGAGAGGAUUCAUUCCACUAUCAAAAUUAUCAUAUACGAUAUACUUAUUGAACCCAGUUGUUAUAGCCAUAUACAUUAUGUCAAGAAAGAGCUUAUUAUAUGUAGAUGAUCUUGAUAUGGCUUUCCUAAUAGUUGGAUAUUUUGUGGUCACCAUCAUUGGAGCCUCUGUGAUAUCUGUAUUCUUUGAAAGACCAUUCAUUGCUUUAGAGAAGGCAUUCAGCCGAAGCUCAAAUGCCAAAAUUGAACUAGGCAAAGAUGUGUAACUCUUACUAUCCUAGUAAUUUUCAUUCCAUAAAACUUUGAUGAACAAAUACUGAUAACUGACUUGAACUUGUAUAACAUGUAUAAGUAGAAAGCAAGCGAUGUGCCAAACAGCUCAUAAUUGUAAAUGUGCCAUAUAGUAUUCUUUGUUUAAUAUUGAAUUCCUUGAUAAAGAACAUAUCAGUAUUGCAUGCUAGUUAAACACUAAUUGAUAUUUUGUAUAAGUUGAAAACAAAACCGAACACGGAGCAGUUAGAUGUCAACAUGCAUUUAAUGUUUGUAAUAAGUCUAAAUUGAAUGCCAUUCUAGUCAUAAAAUACAAUGUAAUGAUUAUAAGUUAUUGAUAAAUGGUGUACAUGUUAUUGAUUUAAAACAUAUAUCAUUCCGAUUUAUACGGUAAUGAUGUUUAACAAAAUAUGGUUAUUUUAUGAGAUAUUAGCAUUAUUAUCACCUAACGUUUAUAAACGAAUAUUUAAGUAAGACUUCAUUUUUUACGAAAGACAGUCUGCUUAUAUCUAAGGCUACAAUAAAGCAGCAUUACAUCUCAUAUUGUUGAAUCCAUUAACCUUUUG